GGCCUAGUUCCGGACUUCCGGAAGCGCUCGCGUGGUGGUAGUUGGUAAUGGCGCGGCGCCUCAUGCGGUUCCUGCCGCCGGUCAGUGCGGGGUUAGGGGACGUGCCCGUGUGCCGACGGGGGUUGGCGGUCGGGAGCACGGGUGCCGGCCGGCUGACGGCGGCGGAGCUCGCUGCCCGGGUACGGCGGGAAGCCGAGCGGGAGGCCCAGGGCAGGGAAGGACAGACACUGCACUCCCAGCCGGUCCAAAAGCUGAGGCGUAUGACCCGUUCUCUGCAGCAGGCCCAUCCCAAUGUACUGGCGAAGGUGCUGAAGAAGGGACUGAUCUUCCAGAGCCCGGAGCUGGUGGUCGUCAGCAAACCCUACGGGGUCCCGAUGGAAGCUUGUCCCAGGGGGGGCCCCAGUGUCCGUGACGUGCUGCCUGUCCUCUCGAAGAUGCUGCGUGGGAUGCGUGCGGAGCCUUUGCACCUCUGCCACUGGCUGGACAAGGACACCAGCGGCGUCCUGCUUCUGGCCUAUGACCAGUCCUCGGCCCUCGGGGUCCAGCAGCUGUUCCAGACUCAGCAGGUCACCAGGAAGUUCUGGGUGGUCACAGUGGGAGUCCCUGUGCCUUCGGAAGGAGUCAUUGACAUCCCCCUGGUGGAACGAGAGGCAUCACGACCCAGGAAGCAUUUUAAGAUGGCCCUGGCUCCCCUCUUUCGAGUGGGUGAUGCUGCAGGGAGUGUGGUGAGGGUGAGGCAGAACCGGUCGGCACACAGCGCAGUGACGCGCUACCGAGUGCUGGAUACCUCUGGUCCCACAGCAUUGGUGGAGGUUCAGCCAAUCACAGCCGUGAAGCACCAGGUGCGGGUGCACAUGGCCCUGGGUCUCGGCUGCCCUGUCCUCGGUGACCACAAGUAUUCCAAGUGGAGCAGCCUGGAGCCACAGCCACCAAUUCCAGCAACGGAACUGACCGCACGUGGCCUCCUUCGGAUGACUUCUUGCUGUUACGUGGUCACUUAACGUUUCUUCUGGUGCGUCUGAGGGGCUGUUCCUGCAGACCCUCUUUUAUCCUGACUCACAGGGUCAUAGAUGUCAAUCAGGUUGGGGGUGAUGCAAUCUCUCCCUCAACCAGCCCACUUUGCCUGAGGGCAUUCACGUAGCAUAGUCUCCAAUCCACACUUCGCCUUCCAGAGACAAUGGCCAUGUCCCGCAGCUUUACAUCGCUGGGGGGGGACAUUCUGCACGUCUCUCUCUCAUUUCCUGGAUCCCUUGACCCAACCCAACAGUGAUCUUGCGAUUCUCACAAAGGAGGGGGCUACGGAUGUAACAAGAUACAUACCAAUCAUGGCGAGCAACCAACUAGCACAUAUAGUACAGAUUUCAGGUUUAUGUACUUCCUUAGGAUAAGUGGUAUAUGCAGGUGUCCAUCCUAGGACACUAAUACACCUUUGUCUUUUCCAGGGUGCUGUCGGCUCCCUGGUAUCCCCUUAGAUCAUGAUACCAGCGGAUCAUCUGAUUUUGUCCUCCCUCUAGGACCACAAACUUCCCUUCAUAUACACUAGGACUACUCCACCCUCAACACAUACAUGGCUCAUACAACACAUGGCUCUUUGUAUAUUUCUGACCCUGCUCCUUCUUUUAGUUUUUAAACUCUUUACCUUUCUUCUACUGGCUGCGACUCCUACCCAUUUAAAGCACUAACUCAUCAGCCUUCCUAUUCCCCUCAGGAUAAAUCUGAGUGGGCUUUCACCUUUAUGGCUCCAUAUUCUUUCCCCUUGGGCUCUUUCAAAUAUAUACCGCAACAGAGCAGCAGAUGGGAGAGGCCUUCCUUCUGCUGAAACAAACGCACUCGCUUCCCACAGAGGCAACUGCUCUGUAAUGCUAUGACAAGUGUACAUUCUAUGCUAUCAAAGUGUAUGACGAUUCUGGCAGCUUUCUAGGUGGCUAACCACAUAUACUUGUGGUGAACUACAUGUGCCUGUCUGGACACGCCCCCUGCUGACUGCUCCUGUGGCUCCUCGCACAGGUCCCUGUAUAAAGGCGAUCUGAGGCCUAUGCUCGGCCUCAGUCUCCAGGACGUAGUAUGAUGGUCACUCACUUCUGGUUCCUUCUUCCAGUCAAUAAAAGCCGAUAUCUCGCCUUACGUCUCAGAGUGAGUUAUUGAUGGUGCAUCAAUACUGCAGCUGCCUGAGCACUCAUGGUGUUGGGUAAUUUUAUAGCUAAACUUAGCCUUCCUUGGCCCUCUUCAUCCUCGACAUAUAUACCACACACAUCACUCCUCUCACCCAUCUGUACGGACGAUGAGCCUUCUUUGUUCUUGGGUAUUGCUUUCCAAUUUCUUUUCACUCCUGCCCCCCUUAUUAUUCAGAUACAAAUGGUCCCUUGGGAUCGUUUGCUAUCAUAUCCAGAUACCCAUGGGGUUCUGCAGUACAAUAAAGAUUAUCAAUAAAGAUUAGCUGACUGACUACGACAUUUUAACUUGAACAUCCAGUAGUAGCUAGAAAAAUGCUGAAUUGCUUUUUGGACCAGUCCAAUAUUUAAAUUUAGCUUCCAUUUGCACUUUACAUAACAAAAUACUGGUAGCUUCAAAACUAUUUUCCAAGGGAUCUCAAACUCUAUCAAUAUGUCAAAGGUCUUGAGCAACAUCUUUUAUAUUCUGUAGAAGAAAGCAUUUUGUUAGUAAAAGUAGCUUUUAGGAUUGCUUUUCAAAUGUUCCAGUCUUCCCAAAAUAUUAAUUUCAAAUCUAACUAUCCACUAAUGAGCAAUUUCCCCAAAUGCCCAUUUCCCUCAGAAAUGUGGGCAUCUCCUUUCUAGAACAGAGAUGCACAAGUUUCAUUCUCAACCCAGAUUACUCCUGGCCAGUGCGGAAUGUCAAUUUUUCCAUGGAAAGUGAAUAAAGAAACACAAAACAAAAAUUGUCAGGACAAACAAAAAUCAAUGUUUGUACUGUUAUUCCUUUAGAACCUUCCACAAGUAACUGCAAAACUUAAUAUACACCUUCUCUAUGCCAAUGCAGUUCUGUGACUAAUGCAAUGAUGGCUUGGAGAAGGGAAUUGGGAGGGGUAGGUCGGGGCAGGGAGGCAACCAAAGUAUGAUUGUACAAUGGGUGCAUCUCUUUUAUAGAUGUGAAUUGUACAUUUUUUAAACUUGUUUUGUACUGCUCAA